CUUUGUGUUACGUAGGCAGGCGGCGCGGAAACCUAAUCCCGCCCGGGGUCUUAUGUAAGGACCCACUCGUGUUUUGGUGCAGCCUGUUGUACUGUGUGCUGGAAGAGGAGUCCACGGGACGUCGAUCAGCCCCACCACCACCACCACCACCCCCGUCGUCUGUUCCUACGCUGCUGAUCGCUGCACCUUCAGUGUCGGACUCUUCUGACCGAGGCCAAAGUGUUGAUCGCACACGCUUUUACUUCAUUCCUGCCCUUUUGAAGGUUUGAGCUUAGAUUUGAGCUGCAUUUUAAUUUCCUCAUUGGAGACAAAUCGUUCGUAUGAGAAAGUGUUUCGUAGAGGCCGUUUGGUGUAACGUCCAGCUUCAGUCGGUGAUGGAGACGGUCCAGGAGACGCUGUCGUUUUAUUUGAACUGAAGGAACGAUCAACGUUCAGUCGUGUUGCCAGAACAAACAGACGAGCGUAAUGGGAACCUGCGUCAUAGUUCAACAUUAACUUUUAUUUCUGCAAAGUUGGGCGUGAGCGGGGGAGCCUUGACUUCCAGAGUUUCAUGAUGUUGGAGCGCCGUGUAAAGACACAGCCAGCCACGAGUGGCGUCUCCACCGCAGCCCCCAGCUGAGCCGUGCGGUGCAACCCGCUCCGUAACGGGACAAAGCUUUUCUUUCAUCGCCGCUCGCUCGACAACCAUAGGACGUCCUCCAUGGAAGCUGGAGCCAUCGCUUUAGCUUAAAAGUUGCUUUUAUUUCAGCCGUGUGUGCACGAGGUGCAGGGAUGUCUCGUAACGCCGUGCACCGUCCAUGAGAAGGAGCUUGAAGAAGAGGGAAAGGGUUUGUUGGAAAUGACUGAGUGUCUGACAGAAUACAAAGCGCUGGUGACUCCGUCCACGCGCAAUGGGCACCGCGUCUUCAGCUACACGCUGGAGAGCCACACGGCGGCCGCCUUCGCCAUCAUGAACGAGCUGCGCCUGGAGCGGCAGCUGUGCGACGUCACGCUGCGUGUGCGCUACAAGGACCUGGAGGCCGUGGACUUCGUGGCUCACAAGGUGGUGCUGGCUUCUUCGUCCCCCGUCUUCAGGGCCAUGUUCACCAACGGCCUGAAGGAGUGCGGCAUGGAGGUGGUUCCCAUCGAAGGAAUUCAUCCCAGGGUGAUGGACAGAUUGAUAGAGUUUGCCUACACUGCCAGCAUCUCUGUGGGGGAGAAGUGUGUCAUUCACGUGAUGAACGGUGCCGUCAUGUACCAGAUCGACAGCGUGGUCAAAGCCUGCUGCGACUUCCUCGUCCAGCAGCUCGACCCCAGCAACGCCAUCGGCAUCGACAGCUUCGCCGAGCAGAUCGGUUGCACCGAGCUCCACCAGAAGGCCAGAGAAUACAUCUACAUGAACUUCAGCCAGGUAGCAACCCAGGAGGAGUUCUUCAAUCUGUCCCAGUGCCAGCUGGUCAACCUCAUCAGCCGUGACGAGCUCAACGUGCGCUGCGAGUCCGAAGUCUUCCAGGCAUGUGUGGCCUGGGUGCGCUACGACCAAGAGAACCGUCGACCGUACGUUCAAGCCUUGCUUCAGGCCGUUCGCUGCCAUUCCCUCACCCCCAAUUUCCUCCAGACCCAGCUGCAGUCUCUGGACUGGGACCCUCCGUGCAAGGACUACCUGGCCCAGAUCUUCCAGGACCUCACGCUUCACAAACCAACCAAAGCAAUUCCUUUCAGAACGCCCAAGGUGCCGCAGCUCAUCUACACAGCAGGGGGGUAUUUCCGCCAGUCUCUCAGCUACCUGGAGGCUUACAACCCGUGUUCAGGGGCGUGGCUGAGGCUGGCGGACCUGCAGGUCCCCCGCAGCGGCCUGGCAGCCUGUGUGAUCAGCGGGCUGUUCUACGCCGUGGGCGGCAGAAACAACGCACCUGACGGCAACAUGGACUCCAACGCCUUGGACUGCUACAACCCCAUGAACAACUGCUGGCGUCCGUGCGCGCCCAUGAGCGUUCCCAGGAACCGAAUCGGCGUUGGUGUCAUCGACGGCAUGAUCUACGCCGUUGGUGGUUCUCACGGGUGCAUUCAUCACAACAGCGUGGAAAAGUAUGAUCCAGAGAGGGACCAGUGGCAUCUGGUCGCCCCCAUGUUGACACGCCGUAUAGGUGUCGGUGUUGCAGUCAUCAACCGGCUGCUGUAUGCCGUCGGUGGCUUUGACGGGGCCAACCGGCUCUGCUCCGGUGAGUGCUACAACCCUGAGAGGGACGAGUGGAGGACCAUGGCCCCCAUGAACACGCUGCGGUCCGGAGCUGGCGUGUGCGCGCUCAACAACCAGAUCUUUGUUAUGGGAGGAUACGACGGCACCGAGCAGCUGAACACCGUGGAGCGCUACGACGUGGAAACAGAUGCGUGGAGCUUCGCUGCCUCCAUGAGGCACAGGCGCAGCGCUCUGGGAGUCACGGCUUUACACGGACGCAUCUAUGUAAUGG